UGACACUGUUUUUAACCGAAUAAAUUCAUUUUCUUUUCGUUAUUUGUUGAUUUUAGUUGUUUGUUAUUUUUGUAUGUAUUCGUCGUUGUUUCCGGUAGAGGGCGGAAGUCCGUCAAACUUAAAAAAAAAAAAAAACAGAAGAAGAAGAAAAGGUCACAAACCUCCGAAUCAGAGAUUGGUUUCAGGUAUUUAGAGACACACACGGAUUAGACAGCACACACACGCACACUAUAGUCUCUGAAAAACACACAUUUCUGUGGUGCGGUCCGGAUCAGACUGCACCAAACUCCAUUCAAAAUCUUCCAAAUUUAAGACGUUUCAGUCCAAAACCCUCCAGCUGAGACUGUGACCUGCUGCGAUGUUAGACAGUCAGUUUACUGCUGAUAAAGGAUUAAACUGAACUCUAGAAGAGCUAAAAUAUAAUGAUGAGGUUUAUGUUAUUAAAGUUAAAAGUGGGUUUGGGGUAACAGUAAACUGUGGUCCCCUUUUAUAUGAGUUAUUGUUGGAAUAAAAGCAGCUUCUUCGAUUAUAAAUACGCCGGAGUGAGCAAAAAUGUUGAAAAUUUAAAAUUAAGAGAAGAAUAAAUCAUGAAGAGUAACUAAUAAUGAAAGAAACUCAAAAUGACAGAUUUAUUAGGCGGAUUUUGUGCCACCGUCUCCUCAGACGAAGGACUAUUUCAGAUAGAUUUGAUAAACACAGAUGGAGGAGAAAAGACUGAAAUAAAGGAUUCAGGAACAGCUGCUUCAUAAGAAAUUAAGAUUAAAUGAAGGUGAUCAGAGACUUGAAAACUACUAAAGUUUAAAAAAAUUAAAUCAACGUUUUUAUGAGAAAAAAAUGAGAAAUCAGACAUAGAAAAAAAUCAGUCUUUGUGUUUUUUUUACCUUAUUUAUUUAGUUUUCUGAAUCUCCAUCUGUGAAUCCAUGAAGAUAUAACAUCUGAGUCUGAAUUAAAAUUCUUUACAAAAUUAAUAUUAAUGAUAAAAAGGCAAAAAUCAAACCUUGAUUUAGACGAUCACAGUUUACUGACUCAUUCUUUAACACGUAACUGUGGGUCUAAAAGUCUGAUAUCAACAAAUAAUAGACCUCUGUGCAGCAGGAACUCUUCAAACUCAGACAGCGUUGGUCAGCUGUGGAGUCCUCGCCUUAAACUUAAACUUUGUUUGUCCAGAUGGUGGCGCUAGAGGAAAUGUAAUGGAGUCUAAGCCUCAAGAAUGAGCCUCCAUACACUCUGAGUUCUCUGAAAGAAGGUGCCGAGGUACUACAGGCUCAAAAGUCUCCGCUGCCUCCAGUCAGGUCAAAAUUUUCAAACCAUGUUGACAUGUUUGUUGUUGUGUUUUUUUUUUUUUUUUGUCAGGUAGCAGACCAGCUCACACCAGCUCAGACCAGUUUGAACUGGUUUAGAAUGGCAGCCAUGUUCAGACCUCUGAAGAUCCUCCUACCUGCAACAAAACACCCACCAGUGCGCUGCUGCUCAGGCUUCAUCUCCAGGAUGAGGUUUACUAACUCAUACAUGGGGGAUUGGUUGGUUGGUUGACUGAUUGAUUGAUGGACUGUUUAGGCGUUUCAUUGGUUGAUUGGUUGGUUGGUUGGUUGGUUGGUUGGUUGGUUGAUUGGUUGGUUUUCGUGGUUCUCGUCCUGUCAGGUACUUGAACCGGCUGAAGGAGGACGAUGAAGCGUGUGCGGCGGCGCUGCAGGACGGUGUCUUCUUCCUGUUCCACCGUCUGUCUCCUCUGUUGCAAAGAACUGAGAGAGGAACCUUUAGACCAGCAGAAGUCCACUGCACAGGUAAACCACAAGAUCAUGGAUACCUGGUCUGGAAAUGUGGGGAAACAUCAGAGAUAUCAUGAGCAGGUUUAGGGAAAGAGGAACUCUAGAACCGCAGGUUCAGUUUUAAGGUAGCGGGCCACAGGUAGAAUCCCAGGAGAACCUCAGACUGCUGAUCCGUCUCUGAGGUCUCUGUUUGCUCUGUUCAGAUCUGCAGUCGAUCCUGGAGAGACUCGGUUCAGACGGAUCCUCGGUGAAGGAGUCAGUUCUGAUUGGCUGCUCUGAACAGAACCAGGCUCAGUUCUGUCUGGACGUCGGUAAGAUUACAGUGAACCCCCCACCCUGCCCCGUUCACCCGGACUCUGGGCUCUGAUGUUCCUGUGUUCUGGUCUGUGUUUGGUCCUGCAGGAGAACUGGAUCAGGCUGCUGUGGAGGAGGAGUGUCAGGGGAAAUUUGUGGAUCUGAGGAAAUCUUUCUUUCUCCUGAGGAGAGCGGAGGCGCCUCUAGUGGCCAAGGUGGGUAACUGUAACAGUACAGAGUGUUCAGGUUCAGGUCUGCAGGUUUUCUAACAGUCUGGACUCCUUCAGGGUCAGGCUCUGCUGCGCUGGCAUCAAACCAGCGGCUUCUGUAGCGCGACAGGUCAGCCGACCCAACGGAACCAAUCAGGGAGCCAGAGAGUCUGCAGCAGCAGCGGCAUCGUCUACUACCCCAAGGUAACACAGACCAGAACCAGGUUUACACCAGAACCAGGUUUACACCAAAACCAGGUUUACACCAGAACCAGGUUUACACCAGAACCAGGUUUACACCAAAACCAGGUUUACACCAGAACCAGGUUUACACCAGAACCAGGUUCACACCAGAACCAGGUUUACACCAGAACCAGGUUUACACCAGAACCAGGUUUACACCAAAACCAGGUUCACACCAGAACCAGGUUUACACCAGAACCAGGUUCACACCAAAACCAGGUUCACACCAGAACCAGGUUUACACCAGAACCAGGUUCACACCAGAACCAGGUUUACACCAGAACCAGGUUUACACCAGAACCAGGUUCACACCAAAACCAGGUUUCCACCAGAACCAGGUUCACACCAAAACCAGGUUCACACCAGAACCAGGUUUACACCAGAACCAGGUUCACACCAGAACCAGGUUUACACCAAAACCAGGUUUACACCAGAACCAGGUUCACACCAGAACCAGGUUUACACCAGAACCAGGUUUACACCAGAACCAGGUUUACACCAGAACCAGGUUUACACCAAAACCAGGUUUACACCAGAACCAGGUUUACACCAAGUCCCAACAGGAAACUACAUCCAAGAAAUCUACAAACCAGUUUCAAACCAAGUUCUGAACCGACUUCUAACCAAGAACUGGUUCAGAUCUGAUCCAGUACAAUUGAAUCCAAAUCAAACCAGAUCCAGAUUGGAGGUGAAGCAGACCUGUUUGAACCGGUUUCUCCUGCAGAUGGCCCCGGUGGUGAUUGUCCUGGUGUCUGAUGGGAAACGGUGUUUGUUGGGUCGACAGUCGUCCUUCCCUCCAGGACUGUACAGCGCUCUGGCGGGCUUCUGUGACAUGGGUCAGUCCUCCUAACGGAUCACCUGUCUGCUCACCUGUGUGCUCACCUGUAUAACUCACCUGUCUCUCUGUCUCUCUCUCUCUCUCCUUGUGGCGGGUCCAGGUGAGACUCUGGAGGAGACUCUGAACCGGGAGUUGGCGGAGGAGGUGGGUCUGGAGGUCCACAGCGUCUCCUACAGCUCCUCUCAGCACUGGCCUUUUCCUCACAGCUCCUUUAUGGUGGGCUGCCACGCCUCCGUUAGCCCCGCCCACACUCAGGUGAGCUCCCACACCUUUGAAAUUGAGCUUUAACUUAACAGACAGACAGACAGACAGACAGACCCGUCACUGAGCCCUGAGGAACACCUGCUGUAGGUGGCGCUCUCUUGGGUUGAUGGCGGUGUGUCAUGUGAUCUUCUGUUAAAGUUAAAGGUGGACCACUCGGAGCUGGAGGACGCUCGCUGGUUCAGUCUGGAGGAAAUAACCGCCGCCUUGAAGGUGAAGACUCCGCCCAGGAGAGGCGACGCCCCCUCUCUCUGGAUUCCCCCAAAACACGCCCUCGCCAACCGCCUCAUCGUGGAGUGGGUGGAGCAGCAGAGACAGAGUGAGAAGGUGGAGUAAGAGCUGCUAACAGGCUCAGACACCUCCACCCAAACCACAUGGAGAGUGUGACGUCACACAGGACUGGGAGGUCACAUGACCCUGUGGAUGGUCACGUGACCUUCAGGUCAGUAGACCCUGAUCUCUCUGUUGUCUAACCUGGACCCUUUACUCAGAACCAUGGACCACAUGAACCCGGACAGUCUGGGACGGACUCCUGGGGAACACCUGCAACUGGACUCUGGACUCUGGACUCUGUCAGUGCGAGUCUGUCUCCGUCACAGUUCAGGUCUUCGAGGGUCCCCUCAGUCUGUAUAUGAUCCUCUUGGACCCCCUUCAAAGCCACACUGUGCCUACAGGAAACCAGACCCUCCAUCAGCUGAUCAUGUGGUUUACAGAGUCCAGGAUCAGGUGUACUGGAGCCUCAUAUUAAAGUGUUUUUGUUUUUGACUGAAUGUUUUAGAAAAAUGAAGUUUAAACCUUUAAAAACACGUUAACCUGUAAAAACCGAACAGCUACCUCUGAGUCUGUUUCAUCCUCAGUCCGUCUGUCUGUCUGUGAACUCCGGAUGUUUCAAUAAAAACUCAAACAUGAACCUUUGUGCUCAAGAACUCAUUCAACUGUGGCUCAGGAUCCAGAGUCCUGGAUCAGGGCCAUUUCUAGGCUCUGAGUCCAGGUCAGAGAAACUGUCCAAGUCUCUGAGGUGGACUCUGAGUCGGAGAAGUUGAGUCCAAGUUAUAAAGAAACAGGAAGGACUGAUCAGCUGUGAAGGAGACGAGGGUCAAAUAUGUCCACCACAGAGGUCCUGAAGGUCCACUGUAC